UCACUGGUGCCACCUCUCGUCGUUCAAUACCUCAAUCCUCGCGCUAUCGUGACACGUCGCGGUCAGCAUUGCAUCAAUAAUUCCGUUAGAUUCCUCGUGAUAUCCUUCUCAAGUCUUCCCGUACAUUGAACGUCCUUUCAAAUCUGCAGAGAAUAGUCAGCCUCUCAUCUGCCAUCUAUACCGACGCCUCGGCUCGGAAGGAACGCAUCCCACGCGCCAUCUAUCGGGCCCACUUCUCUACAACACCCCUGCUCCGAGUCGAAAACCAGCGGUAGAUAUCGCGAACACACCCAUUCGUGCUCUUGGAUCUAAUCUCGAGCAAGCCCAGAUCGGCCGAAGCGCAACCCGACGUCUAACAGCUUCGAACCAUCAUCCCUCUUCCUGUCCCUUUGUUUCAAUCAUCCCACUCAAGGAACGCCACCGCCGCCGCCAGAUAACCCAAACCCGAAUCAACGUCUAAGAUGGGAAACUCUCACUCACAAAACCGCGCUGCAAACUCAAGAGAGCGCCCGCGAACCCUCAAACAUCAUCGAUCCGCCCCGCUUUUGCUCCAAAAGAGUUUCAUCAACAGCACGUCCACUGGCUCCUUCAGCUCUACUCAAUCUCAAGAAAUAUAUAUCCGGCCUACCUCCGAAAAAGCCGCCCUCGUCGCCACCGAGGUUCUCCUUCCGCCGCCCGCGCCGCCCGUUUAUGUGUCCCCACCUUCUCCCGGCAUCUUCCCAGCGCUGUCAGUGCCCGAUCAGAUACCAGAGAAGGGGGAGGCGGCCGCCUACUCUGCUUUCCUCCGGGCUUAUCCCGAGUACCACCUCACGUGGACGCUUGACGCUCUGCGGAAGUCUGAGUUCUCGCGAGUCGACACGCCACAUGCACGGGAGACGUACGUGGACUACAUGGGUGGCGCUCUCUACCCUGCGAGUCUGGUGAACGUGCAUGCCGAGUUUCUCAAGGGGUGCGUGUUGGGAAACACCCAUUCUGCGAGUAAUAGCUCGCAACUGUCAGCUAACCUGACAGCACAAGCGCGCGCCGCUGUAUUGGCAUUCUUCAAUGCGCCCCCGGGCUCGACAGUCGUGUUCACAGCCAACGCGAGCGCAGCACUGAAACUCGUAGGAGAAUGUUUCCCGUUCUCCGAGGGGAGUACCUACGUUCUUCCCGAGGACGCACACAACAGUGUGCACGGCAUCCGACAAUUCGCGAAGCGACGAGGUGCGGAAGUAUGUUAUAUCUCUGCGACACCGCAGGGCGGUGUCGAGGAACCUGUCGUCAAGAGAAUCUUGCAGCAGCACCGACCUUCGAAGGCCCCUUGCCUCUUCGCCCUCACCGGUCUUUCUAACAUCUCAAAUUCCAAACCAUCACUCUCACUCCUGACAUAUGCUUCUGCUCUGGGCUACACUACUCUGCUGGAUGCUGCGGCGCUUGCUGCCACCUCUCCUCUCGAUCUGACUGCCACGCCUGCCGAUGCUGUUGCGAUCAGCUUUUACAAGAUGUUUGGAUUCCCGACAGGUGUGGGUGCGCUGAUCCUCGCCCCUGGUGUUGGACAGAGACUGGGUGGUGAGAGGCCUUGGUUCGCCGGAGGCACGGUGGAGGUGGUGCAAGUGCCAGGCGAGCUAGUGACACGAGCGGAGGAGAUAGAAGAGCAGUUCGAGGAUGGAACGAUCAAUUAUCUUUUGCUGCCGGCGAUAACCACAGGCUUGCGCUUCCUCUCGGCCUACCUUCCCUUCCUCCCUCUCCGCCUCUCUUCACUGACACACCAUUUGACGAUCGAACUCGCGAAAAUGCGACAUCUGAGCACGGGGCAGCCCGCUGUCCGGGUACUCUCACGUGUACCAGAGAAAAGGCUGCGCGCCGUCGGUGACAAGGCAGACGCGGGGUCUGUUGUCUCAGUGCUUUUCCUUGACCCAAAUGGAGUACAACUACCAAACUCCUUUAUCUCACAUGCCUCAGCGAACGCGCACAUCUCCUUGCGGACAGGCUGUAUGUGUAAUCCAGGCGGCGCGGCGGCGCUGUUGCGCGCUAAGCCGGCGAUGACGCGUCUGAGAGCCGGGGCAACGCUAGCUGCGCUCGAGUCUGCUGCGGGUCGCGAGCUCGGCGUGGUACGAAUCAGCCUGGGCCUUGCGAGCGACUGGGCAGAUAUAUGGAGGGUGCUGGAGUUCGUGCGGGACUUUGUCUUAGACGCUCGGGGGAGGGAGGAGGCGAUGGGCGCAUGGGAAGCUAGUGAAGGAAGGCUCAAGGGCUCGCCAUGUGCAACGGGUGCGUGCACACCAAAUGGCGUUGAUCAAGUAAGGGACGUGCGAGCUGUCAGAGGACCACCUUCAGAGGUCGGCAGGGCGUUUUAAUCCACAAUCUACGCAAAGGGUUUGGAUAGCUCGAUCUCUUUUCAUUGGCUACGGACUGAGAGUUAGCUCAACGCCGGUAUAUCUGUAUGCCUACGCUCGCUCUGUGUAAAUUGUCUACGUUCUUCAGCCUUACAAACACUGUACGUCUAUAUUCGUGGGGUUCUGAAUCUUGUUUAUACAGCCUGCAUUGACAUAGUCUGUACAGUCAUUCAUUGUAUUCUUUCUUCCAGCGAUACUCUUAUCUCUAGCGAUGUGGAUACCGAUGCCAAAAUGAGAUACCUUAAUUAUUGCGCCUUUCCUUUGAUGCAAUACUACCGCUUUCUGUUUGAUU